AUGGCGUCCGUUAUCAAAGGGUUGCUAAAUGAGCACCUAGGAGAUCUUAUGCGCAUGAAUAAACGCAAUCAACUAGGCCAAUUGCUCAACUUCUUCAUGGUUAUCGGCUCUGCGCUGAUGCUUUGGAAAGGUCUAAUAUUAUAUACAGGCAGCGAGAGUCCCAUUGUUGUAGUUCUAAG